UGUCACCACAACCACUUGUUCCACUACAGUGGCCAUGGUGGGCGGAUCCCUCUCUCUGCAUUCUAACGCAGAUCUGUAGAGGAUUAUAGGGCAGGCUGGGACUUCUAGUGGUGGGUGAGAUCGCAGGUACAGGACAAGGAAUUAAUUUGCUCAACAAGGAAGUAAAUCAUACAGGCUGGGACUCUCAAUGGUGGGUGAGAUCACAUGCACAGGAACAGGAAUUCGCAUUUGGAAGAAAGAAACAAUGAAGUGUUGUCAUCCGCUUGGUCUUCUGACAUGCAUUACUUUUGUCUCUGGAAUCACAGGGGCAAGACUGACCACAUCACCAACACAAAUAACUAUUGGGGGAAGUAACCCAACAUCUCAGCUGACUUUACGUUGUAGUCCAGAUGCACCUGGGAUAACACUAGUGUUCAGCAUAGAGAUUGGCAAGAAAUCUUCUACUGGUUCUAAUCAGCCUGUAAUACGAAUGGGCAGCACAGAUUCGUCAGUACAAGUAGUGGACACAGGCCUACAACAGCGGAUGACAGCCUCAGGUUCUAUUACUGGAGCAACAGGAAGCAUACAGUUCAUCCUGACAGAUCUGAGAUGUACUGAUGCUGCUUCUACAUACUAUUGCUCCACCCUAUACUUGGCGGGGACAGCUGGAAGUGAUGAGACAACCACCAACAUCACAGCUAGAACUUACCCAGAGCAGAUAGAGAUGUUCCCAACUCCCGACAGGGUCAGUUAUGACAAUGGUCAGCUGAUCUCAUUCAGAUGCACUGGUAGGAUCGGGAACCAGUUUGAUGACAACAAUCUCCAGAACCUGUGGACAUGGGAGUGGCGAUCUAUAGACAACGAGUUCACCUCCUGGACACGAUAUCCAAACGACCAAAACAUCACCUAUGAGCCUCCUACUCCCGUGUCUGUGUCAGGGGGUUGUCAGUAUAACGGGGCGUCAACACUGCUUCAUACAGUCUCGAAUCUAGACAAUGGGAGACAGUUCAGGUGUUCAGUCAUUAAUGAAGACUACAGUGACAACAAAACAGUUCUUGUUAUUGAACCAACAACUAGAACAACCACUAUUCAACCGAUCACAGGGGCAAGACUGACCACAUCACCAACACAAAUAACUAUUGGGGGAAGUGGCCCAACAUCUCAGCUGACUGUACGUUGUAGUCCAGAUGCACCUGGGAUAACACAAGUCUAUAGCAUAGAGAUUGGCAAGAAAUCUUCUACUGGUUCUAAUCUGCCUGUAAUACGAAUGGGCAGCACAGAUUCGUCAGUACAAGUAGUGGACACAGGCCUACAACAGCGGAUGACAGCCUCAGGUUCUAUUACUGGAGCAACAGGAAGCAUACAGUUCAUCCUGACAGAUCUGAGAUGUACUGAUGCUGCUUCUACAUACUAUUGCUCCACCCUAUACUUGGCGGGGACAGCUGGAAGUGAUGAGACAACCACCAACAUCACAGCUAGAACUUACCCAGAGCAGAUAGAGAUGUUCCCCACUCCCGACAGUGUCAGUUAUGACAAUGGUCAGCUGAUCUCAUUCAGAUGCACUGGGAGGAUCGGGAACCAGUUUGAUAACAACAAUCUCCAGAACCUGUGGACAUGGGAGUGGCGAUCUAUAGACAACGAGUUCACCUCCUGGACACGAUAUCCAAACGACCAAAACAUCACCUAUGAGCCUCCUACUCCUGUGUCUGUGUCAGGGGGUUGUCAGUAUAACGGGGCGUCAACACUGCUUCAUACAGUCUCGAAUCUAGACAAUGGGAGACAAUUCAGGUGUUCAGUCAUUAAUGAAGACUACAGUGACAACAAAACAGUUCUUGUUAUUGAACCAACAACUAGAACAACCACUAUUCAACCGAUCACAGGGGCAAGACUGACCACAUCACCAACACAAAUAACUAUUGGGGGAAGUAACCCAACAUCUCAGCUGACUUUACGUUGUAGUCCAGAUGCACCUGGGAUAACACUAGUGUUCAGCAUAGAGAUUGGCAAGAAAUCUUCUACUGGUUCUAAUCAGCCUGUAAUACGAAUGGGCAGCACAGAUUCGUCAGUACAAGUAGUGGACACAGGCCUACAACAGCGGAUGACAGCCUCAGGUUCUAUUACUGGAGCAACAGGAAGCAUACAGUUCAUCCUGACAGAUCUGAGAUGUACUGAUGCUGCUUCUACAUACUAUUGCUCCACCCUAUACUUGGCGGGGACAGCUGGAAGUGAUGAGACAACAACCAACAUCACAGCUAGAACUUACCCAGAGCAGAUAGAGAUGUUCCCCACUCCCGACAGGGUCAGUUAUGACAAUGGUCAGCUGAUCUCAUUCAGAUGCACUGGUAGGAUCGGGAACCAGUUUGAUGACAACAAUCUCCAGAACCUGUGGACAUGGGAGUGGCGAUCUAUAGACAACGAGUUCACCUCCUGGACACGAUAUCCAAACGACCAAAACAUCACCUAUGAGCCUCCUACUCCCGUGUCUGUGUCAGGGGGUUGUCAGUAUAACGGGGCGUCAACACUGCUUCAUACAGUCUCGAAUCUAGACAAUGGGAGACAGUUCAGGUGUUCAGUCAUUAAUGAAGACUACAGUGACAACAAAACAGUUCUUGUUAUUGAACCAACAACUAGAACAACCACUAUUCAACCGAUCACAGGGGCAAGACUGACCACAUCACCAACACAAAUAACUAUUGGGGGAAGUGGCCCAACAUCUCAGCUGACUGUACGUUGUAGUCCAGAUGCACCUGGGAUAACACAAGUCUAUAGCAUAGAGAUUGGCAAGAAAUCUUCUACUGGUUUUCAUCUGCCUGUAAUACGAACAGGCAGCACAGAUUCGUCAGUACAAGUAGUGGACACAGGCCUACAACAGCGGAUGACAGCCUCAGGUUCUAUUACUGGAGCAACAGGAAGCAUACAGUUCAUCCUGACAGAUCUGAGAUGUACUGAUGCUGCUUCUACAUACUAUUGCUCCACCCUAUACUUGGCGGGGACAGCUGGAAGUGAUGAGACAACCACCAACAUCACAGCUAGAACUUACCCAGAGCAGAUAGAGAUGUUCCCCACUCCCGACAGUGUCAGUUAUGACAAUGGUCAGCUGAUCUCAUUCAGAUGCACUGGGAGGAUCGGGAACCAGUUUGAUAACAACAAUCUCCAGAACCUGUGGACAUGGGAGUGGCGAUCUAUUGACAACGAGUUCACCUCCUGGACACGAUAUCCAAACGACCAAAACAUCACCUAUGAGCCUCCUACUCCCGUGUCUGUGUCAGGGGGUUGUCAGUAUAACGGGGCGUCAACACUGCUUCAUACAGUCUCGAAUCUAGACAAUGGGAGACAGUUCAGGUGUUCAGUCAUUAAUGAAGACUACAGUGACAACAAAACAGUUCUUGUUAUUGAACCAACAACUAGAACAACCACUAUUCAACCGAAAACAACAACUAGAACACCCACCAUUCAACCCAAUGCAAGACCCUCCCCGCCAACUGACUUCUACUGCACAGAGCACACGGCCUCUAGUGUUAAGAUGCAGUGGACCUACAGUGACACACGUAGUCGGGGAUAUGUUUUCAUUCUUUCCUUUUGGCAGAAAGACUCAACUGUAUGGAGUGUUACUAACGUAACGGCAGACACAGGCAUUCCUCAGACGCGACGGACACACAGUGUCCCACGGCUGCAGUCAGACACUCUAUACUACUUCCGGUUGCUGGUGGAUGGAGGGUUAGCGGGUCAGAGCGAGGCUGUGACUUCAACAUGUUUCACGGGAAUCGAUGAAUGUGAAACCUCAAAAGGCAUGAUGGUGGGGAAGAAUGCGGCCAUCAGCGUCAGUGUGGUUCUACUUCUGUCAUUUUUUUAAAACUAAACCCACAACUUCACAAGAUCCAAAAAUUAUGUUAAUUAUUACGACAUCAGGUGAAUGUGUUUGAUAUUUAUGUAACAAAUAUAUUUUGAUGGUAACAACAUAAAGGAAAACUGUGUGAGCUAUGUUUAAUACGAGAUCCAUGUGAAUAGUAUGUUGGUGACAGAAUAGUAUCAUCUUAUUUGCUCGGCCUAGCAAUUUGCUUCGUUAUGACAGUCUGAGACCUCUUUGUUUCUACCGCAUGAGCGAUUAACGAUGUGUAGAUUCAAAACAAAAAAGUUCCUUAUAAAUUUUGUCAAUCCAGCAACAUUUUGAACAGUGUCUGGCUAGUUAAAUAUAAAUUCGGCUUUUCCUAGUUGCUUGGACCAUCUGAGAAGGGUUUAAGAUGUGAUAAUGAUUCAGCUGGUGUAGUGAAUUCACUUGUAUGUCCAAAUAAGCAAAUAUGUGUGGGAAGAUUUGUAUCAGCCCAAUGCUUUAACUUAUGUACAUCUGUUAUAUUUGUUUUCCAUGCCAAUUCCCAUUUAUUUUAUGAAUAGGUGAUCAGCACUUAUAAUUUCAUCUAAAUGUGAGUAGUAAAUAACGGAAUCUUUGGACACUGUCAUAUGUGUAUAGUUUCAUUUUUUACUACCUUAUUAUUCAGUUUAUGUAACUUUAGUUUAAUAUAUCUUUGCAAAGGCGUGUAGUUUGAACAGCCUGGUGGGAGAAUAGAAGAUGGUUCCCCCAAAUACUGGAAAUAUAAUGAUUCGUGGUAUUGUUUCACAAUCAAGUCACCUUACAAAAUAAUGCUUAUAGUCUGGCAUAAUAUGACAGCAAUAUAUCCACAAACAAGCAACAUUGUAGCAUUAUAUCAUUAUAUCACGUGUGUUGUGGAAUCAACAGGACUGGACGAUAUCCUCCAACUAAUUUAACAAUAUACCAAAAUCGUUAUUAUUAUUUGUUUGUUCGUUGUUUAACGCCGCACGCAACUCUCAAUCCAGUUUGAAAUUGUAAAGUUCUCAUUUAACUUGACAAUUUCGCAAAGCGCCAUUUUUGUGACUUGACCAGCGAGUGUUCCUUUGCUUCAAACUGCGGUCUCGUAGCUUACAAGAAUAUUUUUUUGUUGAGUUGAGUUUGUAUAUAAUCAUAUCCAAAUGUAUAAUAAAGAGUUCCAGUGACCUCA